AUGGAGAGGAAGUCAUUUGGGCUUUUCAUGUUGCUUUUCUUUCGCUUGGCUUCAUCAGAAGAGAUGGUGGUGCCAACAGAGGCAAGACUUUGCGAGUCAAAGAGCCACAGGUUCCAUGGUGCAUGCUUCAGUCACCACAACUGUGCUAUGGUAUGCAGGAAUGAAGGUUUCCCUGGUGGCAAAUGCAGAGGAUUCCGUCGCCGUUGUUUCUGCACUAGAAAUUGUUAAUCGGUGCAACUAAUUAAACGAGAUCAGCACAAGCAUCUGAUAUUGUAGUCACCAAUAAUAGCAAUAUUUAGUUGCAGCUCUAUAAGUU